UUAACGAACACCGCCUUGGAUAUAGAUAUAAGGCGUAUUACUGGUGUCAUGCUUCACACACCGACUCUCUUCAGCAGCUGGAAAAAAAGAAGAGGGGUGGUGGAAACCCUCUGAAACAGAAAAGAAAUAUGGCAAUACUUUCGUUGUUGUCGUCGUCAGAAGCAGAUAUUUCUGUACCCUUGCUCUUGUCCACCGUGACCGUGGUCUCGGCCACUGCCACAACCUUGUUAUUAAUCUGCAAGCCUCGCCUCAUGCGCCUCUACUCCCACAAAAAGAACCUCAUAAGACUCCAUCAUGAAAAACCUAAAAGCAAUCCAACUGGCAAGAUUCUAUUUGUUUCCCAAAUCGGAACCUCAAAAGCCCUAGCUUCGUGCCUCUGCCAUUUGUUCGAGUCGUUCGGCGUCGUUACGGAGCUCGUAGAUGCCAGGGAUUACGUGCCCGAAGCCCUACCCAAGGAGAACCUUGUCGUCCUCGUUGCUUCAACUUCGGAAGUUUGGAACCAAUUUCUCGGACAAGAUUUCAUCCCCACUGACAACCGUUCUCUCGGAGCACAGAUGUUCGCCGGUCGGAUCGUCAAUUACGCGGAGGGCUAUAAGUUUGGAUCGUUAGUUGUGAAUGCUUACGGUUUCAGUGCGUUUGUCGCCGGCAAAGGGGCUUCUGGAGAUGACACGAAUUUGAUGGCUAAGGCUGCCAAUCAUAUUAGGGAUUUGGGGGACACUGCUGAAUUGAACGCGGAUUUUGCCAGCUGGUGGGGAAGUGUUGUUGGGGUUUUGCAAGGUGCUGUUUCGGGAGGUGCUGCUGAUGCCAUGUGCGGGGAAUAUGAUCCUGAGGAUGUUGGUUCUUCUGAUCCAAAGCUAUCCAUGACGCAGCGCUUAUACCUGUUUGUGGAAAAUAUAAAUCUUGAAAGAGAUCAUGUUGGGAAAUCAGCCAUCACGCGCAGGAUGUUAACUAUAACUGAGGCCAACUUUAUUAAGAAUGGCACUGUUGAUCUUGAAGAUGGAGGUCAUGUAACUGCCAAAUGGCCUCUUAGAGAUGGUCUAUUGGUCGAUUGUCCAUUACCAUAUAUGCAAGGAGUUUGUUCUGUCGGUCACAGCUUCUUCUUUGCUGGUGGUGGUGGUGACCUGAAUAUUAUUGACCCAGAAUUGUGUUUGAAUUGGGAUGAUCAUUACCCCUCAAGGAUGUGGUGCCUCAAGUAUGAGGGUUCUAAUUGGAGUUGGAAGUUUUGUGGAAGCAUGUUCUGCUGCCGAUAUAGACCCUUAGUAGUCCCCUAUGAUGGCAAAUUGUACAUCUUUGGGGGUACUGGAAGUGCAAAUUGCUGGGUUGAUAUUUACAGCCUAAAAUCAGGUCUAUGGGAAACAAGGGAAGUGCCCGAAAGUGCUCUCUUGUCAUAUUGCAUGGACCCUGACUCUUACUUUCUGUGGGAGGACAGCACCAAGCCUCACAAGAAGACCCACAUUGUAUUGUAUUCUUGUGGUGAUAAACAUCAAGGGCUCAUGUCAUAUGACGUCAAGGCUAACAAUUGGGAAUACCUUGAUUGGAAUUUUCCGCCAGUUCCUGAAUCUUGUCCAAGGAAACUUGUUCGUUUGGGAUGCAGUCAUUAUCUUCUGAUUGUUGACUUCGCUCCAAUGUGGCGUAUUUAUGAUUUAUCUAAGAUGAAUGUUGUGGCAACGGUGGGGGUGGAUGGUUUGGACAAGACCGCAGAAGUAACGUAUAUUUUUUGUUGCCACAACACUAGCGAUGAAAGUUUAAUUUAUAUGUUCAUGGAACCUGGAAAUGUUUUCGAGGGAGAGCCAUCUACUAACUCUGGUUCUGGGGUUGUUUCUUAUGCCAGAGUCAAGCUCCAACUCAAAACUUUUUCUGCCAAGAUUGAAUCCAAGGGUAAUCUUAACCUUGGUGAUUAUGUAAAUCUUUAUAUGUUUGCUGUUGGAGAUGAAGACCAAUAAUUGUUUCAAUCUUGACCUCCAAACUAUCAAUGAUGAUGGGGAGUUAGAAAGCGACCAAGAUUAAUUGUGUUAAAUUUGUUUAGUGACUAGACAUUGGUUUUUAUUUCUUUCUUUUUUAUCUUGUUUGACAUUGUAUGUUUCUUGUGUUUUUAGUUUAUGUUCAGACGUGAUCAUAGUUGUAUAAAUUUUAAAAAUUAAUCUUGUUUGUUAGAUUCGAAUAGUUAUCAGGGUGGGGUUUUAUACUUCUUAAAGAAGGGCGGGUCAAGUGGGGGAAAAACAGUUAUCAGAACCGACCCGGCAAUCGACCCGGCCAGGUCACUGGGUCACUGGUUCAACCGAUGGGUCACAGGUUCAACCGGUUAAUCCGGUCAUAAUAUUUCGUCUUUUCCUUUGCCGAGGUGGCUAAUGUUGGGACAUAUUUCGUUAACUGUCUGCAUGACACGCUAUCAAAAUGACGCCAUUUAGGACUGAUUCAAAACGUUGCAAAGCAUUACCCCCUCUGUUAACAACCAUCUCUCUCUGUUUCGCUCCAAAACAUAUCGUCUCCCUCAAGUUAUGCCCUAAGCCUUUGACCCAACAUUUAAACCAUGCCAUCAACCUUCGUCAGUGUUGGAAGACAAUUAAAACAGAAGAGGUAUCGAUACUGAAUACAGAGCUGAUCAUCUCCUGGAGCAACAUCGAUAGUGGAGGAAGCCAUCGCGACGAUUAGAGAUGGAGGGUCCUCCCAUGAUUUUUGUGUUUCAUCAUGGUGGAAUGUUUAAAAACUCUGUUGAUGAAAACAUGAUAUAUGAACAUGACAAAGUCACUCUGAGCAGUUUAGGAGGGUUGCUAAUUUCUAUUUCUUGGUCAUUGGUGUCUUGGCAAUGACAAAGCUUGCUCCAUACACUGCUGUCAGCGCAAUCGUUCCUCUCUGGGUCAUCGUUGGGGUGACCAUGGUCAAAGAGGGUAUCGAAGAUUGGCGUCGCAAGAUACAGGAUGAAGUUGUAGCUACGCCACCUAAAUUACAGGUGAUUAAAGCGAAAGUAAGAGCUAGAUUCUCCCCUAAACUUACUGCAGCUACACCAGUGGCUAUCUCAGCUGAGACCAUCAAAGAGACAAGUUCUAUAACUGCUAAGAAGUUGGCCAACUUUAUGAUUUUUGUGCCUAUUCCAAGCUUUAAGAA